AUGGUGAAGCGAAAAAGCUUGGAAGACGGUGAUCAGGAGUGUAGCAGAGGGAUUCCAUUUCCGAUUCAAACCUUCUUAUGGAGACAGACCAGCGCGUUUCUGCGGCCGAAGUUAGGCAAACAGUAUGAAGCGUCUUGCGUGUCGUUCGAGCGCGUGCUGGUGGAGAACAAGCUGCACGGGCUGUCGCCGGCGCUUUCGGAGGCCAUCCAGAGUAUAUCUCGAUGGGAACUGGUCCAGGCCGCUCUACCUCACGUCCUUCACUGUACCGCCAUCCUCCUCUCAAACCGGAACAAACUGGGACACCAGGACAAGCUGGGGGUGGCGGAGACUAAGCUGCUGCACACGUUGCACUGGAUGCUGCUGGAAGCGGCCCAGGAGUGUCACCAGGACCUAGGGCUGGGUCAAGGCUGGUCCGGGGGCAGCAGUAGCAGCGCCUUCCUCCAGCCCGUGGGCAACCAGGGCAUCUCUGGGGCCAGAAACAACGGCUCUGCAGAGGAGAACGAGAUGGCGCGUACCAAACUCUACCAGAGGAACAUGUCCACUGUGGAGCUGUUCGUCUUCCUGUUCGCUCCACUCAUAAACCGCAUCAAGGAGUCUGAUCUGACGUUCCGGUUGGCUAGUGGCCUGGUCAUAUGGCAGCCAAUGUGGGAGCACCGUCAGCCAGAUGUGCCCGCCUUCUCUGCGCUUAUCAAGCCCAUGAGGAACAUCGUAACAGCUAAGAGGACCUUUCCAGUCAACAACCAGUGCAGUCCUUGUGGUACUGGCAAACCAGGCUCCACGGCGGUGAGUGAAAGUGCUCAGUCAGACUCAGCUUCCCCCGGGGGCCAGAGCUGUCGCCGUGGCAACUCCGUGGAGAAGGGCAGCUCUUCGCUGCAGGGCUAUGAGAGAGGAUUUCUGCAGAAAGAGUUCUCUGUUGGUGGUGAGAUUUCUGUUUCCCAGCGAGCCAGGUACGGGACCUACUUUGACGUGGCCGUGUUGCGCUGUCUGCUCCAGCCUCACUGGGCGGAGGAGGGUGUGCACUGGGCUCUGAUAUAUUACCUCCAGCGUCUCAGACAGAUCCUGCAGGAGAAGCCCGAAUGCCCCCCCGAGCCCCUCGUCCCUCCCCUGCCACGCCCCAGGAGCACCUCUAUGGUCGCUGCCACGCCUUCUCUGGUCAACACUCAUAAGACACAGGACAUGACGCUGAAGUGUAAUGAAGAGGGACGGUCCCUGAGCUCAGAGACGUUUCCCAAAGUGUCAGUCACCAACCUGAGGAGGCAGGCUGUCCCAGACCUGUCCACAGACAUGGGCAUGAACAUCUUCAAAAAGUUUAAGAACCGGAGAGAUGACAGGGAAAGGAAAGGAUCCAUCCCGUUCCAUCACACGGGGAAAAAACGACAGCGGCGUAUGGGAGUUCCCUUCCUCAUGCACGAGGACCACCUGGACGUCUCGCCCACGCGCAGCACCUUCUCCUUCGGGAGCUUCUCCGGUCUGGGCGACGACCGGCGAACCCUGGACCGUGGGGGGUGGCCCUCCACCAUCAUGGGAAAGUUAACUCGUCGCGGCAGCUCAGACACUGCAGCAGACGUGGACAAUCUCAGCGUGAAACACUCUCACUCACACCACAACCUGCCAGAACAUUCCAACAGCCACGGCGACAACACCGUCAAAGAGGGUGUACGCUCCCAGAUCUCCACCAUAACCAUGGCAACGUUCAACACCACUGUCGCCUCCUUCAACGUGGGCUACACGGAUUUCUUCACCGAACACAUCAAGCGACUGUGUAACCCCAUCCCUGUGCCCGAGAUGCCCUGUGAGCCCCUGGCAUGUUCCAACCUGCCCCGCAGUCUCACUGACUCCUGCAUCAACUACUCAUGCCUGGAGGAGAGGGACAACAUCGAGGGGAUCAACAACUUCAUCCUGAAGAACGGCAUGCUGGACCUCACCGCAAUCCUGCGGGCGCUCUACGCUGUCCUGACCCACGACAUUAGCUCUCGGAUCUGUGACGUGGCCCUCAACAUCAUCGAGUGUCUCCUCCAGCUGGGUGUCGUGCCCAGCGUCAACAAGAAAACGUCCAAACCUGAGAACAAGGAGAACCAAAAUGAGCGCCCAAAAGACGGGGCCGGCCAGAGUAUGGGCGGGGCCCAGGGGGCCGUGUCUGUGGGCACUGGCUCCGCCCCUGGAGGAGGAGGGGGAGGUGGUGAUGGCGGAGGAGGAGGUGGAGGAGGAGAGAGUGACAGAGGGAGCAGAGAUGACGUUAAAAACAAUAAGGACAGUAAGGCAGAGCCCUCUACCCCGAGCACUCAUAAGCUGGCCCUGACCAUGCUGAUAAAGAUAGUGAAGUCUCUGGGCUGUGCGUACGGCUGUGGAGAGGGCCACCGCGGCCUGUCAGGAGACCGGCUGCGCAUGCAGGCCCAGAACUGCUUGACCAGUCUCUAUAAGCUGGACAAGGUUCAGUUUCGUCAGACGAUGAAAGAGUAUGUCAACAAGGACUCUCUAAACAACAUCGUGGACUUCCUGCAUGCUCUGCUUGGCUUCUGUAUGGAGCCCAUCACGGACAAAUACGGCAGUGCAGGUGAGAGGUCCAGGCGGGCGAAUAAACCAAACUUGGACAAGGCGGGCUUUGGGAAUAACUUCGCCACAGGAGGGGAUAAGUCCCUGGUCCAGAGUAUGGAGACAGUUGUGGUUGGCUGUAUGUUCAAGUCACUCAUAACACGGUGUGCCUCCACCACACAUGAGCUACACAGCCCAGAGAACCUGGGUCUGUACUGUGACAUUCGACAGCUGGUCCAGUUCAUUAAGGAAUCCCAUGGCAAUGUGUUUCGCCGUGUGGCUUUGAGUGCUCUCCUGGACAGCACAGAAAAACUCAGCACCACCAAGAGACCAGAGGACAAAGAGGAGCCCAGAGCAGCAGGACAGAAAAGUGAGGACCAGAUCCCCGGGGCUCUGCUGGGAAGGAAGGAUUUUUGGAGAAAGAUGUUUAAAUCUCAGAGUGCCGCGAGCGACACCAGCAGCCAAUCAGAGCAGGACACGUCAGAGUGCACGACCGCCCACUCCGGCACCACCACUGACCGACGCUCUCGCUCCCGCUCACGCCGCAUCUCCCUACGCAAGAAACUCAAACUCCCAAUAGGUAACUGGCUGAAGCGUUCCUCGUUGUCGGGGCUGGCGGACGGUGUAGAGGAUUUGCUCGACAUCAGCUCAGUGGACCGACUCUCCUUCAUAAGACAAAGCUCAAAGGUGAAGUUCACUAGUGCAGUGAAGCUGUCCGAGGGGAGCGCCAUGGAAUACGGCCGGGAAGAGGAAGAGAAUUUCUUCAAGCGGCUCGGUAAAUGGCGGUCCGGGCGGCGGAACCCAUCCAAGCUUCACCACACAGAGGAGAAAGAUGGUUGCCAUGGUUUCCAGGAGCGUCUGGCUGCAAGUCAGGACACGAUGAAGAAUAAGAACGUGGUUAAUCUUGGCGCCAUCAGACAGGGCAUGAAGAGGUUCCAGUUCCUGCUGAACUGCUGUGAACCAGGGACCAUCCCGGACGCCUCCAUCCUGGCUGCUGCGCUUGACCUGGAAGCUCCAGUGGUUGCUAGGGCCUCGCUCUUCUUGGAGUGCGCCCGUUUCGUCCACCGCUGUAACCGUGGCAACUGGCCAGAGUGGAUGAAGGGUCAUCACGUGAACAUCGCCAAGCGAGGCCUGUCCAGAGCGCGCUCGCCCGUCGCCGGGAACAAACGCAACAACAAGCUCCAAUGGAACGCUGCCAAGCAUUUCUACCAGUGGGGAGACGCUAUCGGAACGCGUCUGAGCGAGCUAUGCCACUCAGACAGCGAGAGCCCGGCCAACAUCCUGGGCUUUAUUUACGAUGAGGAGAGCAAGAGGAGGGCGAGGAAGGAGGACGAGGAAGAAGACUUCCUGGACGACAACACAGUCAACCCCACAAAAUGUGGCUGUCCCUUCGCCCUGAAGAUGUCUGCCUGCCAGCUGCUCCUGGAGAUCACGACCUUCCUGCGAGAGACUUUCCCCUGUCUGCCUCGGCCCCGCACAGAACCUCUCGUGGAUUUGGAGAGCUGCAGGCUACGUCUGGACCCAGAGCUUGGGCGACAUCGCUACGAGAGGAAGAUCAGUUUUGCGGGGAUUCUCGACGAUGAGGACGGUCACGACUCGCUCAACAGCAGUAGCCACACUCUGAAGUCCGACACGGGAUGUGAUGACAAAAAAUCCCAAGAGCCUUUGGCCCCCAUCAGAAAAAUCCGUAUUGGCGGUUCGCGGCUGCUGCAGAUAAAAGGAGCGCGGAGCUUUAGAGUGAAGAAGGGCGGCUCUCUGUCCUCCAUCCGUCGAGCCGGUAGCCUCAAGAGCACGAAAAUGUCCCGCCAGGACUCCGAGUCGGAAAACGAGGAGGGAUUGCUGUCUCAGAGUAGAGACACUGUCACUGACAUUGGGAGCCCAUGGAGUGCCAGCGAACCCAGCAUUGAACCAGAGGGUCAAGGCUCAGGAGGAAUUGAAGACAACUACCACCGCAACAUGUCCUGGCUUCACAUUAUGAUCCUCCUGUGCAACCAGCAAAGCUUCAUCUGCAACCAUGUGGAUUUCUGCCACCCUCGCUGUUACCAGCGCCAUAGCCGCUCCUGUGCCCGCCUGGUACGCGCCAUCAAACUGCUGUACGGGGAGACAGUCGACAGCCUCCGCGAAAACAGCACCUCCAGCAAUGUCAACACCCGGGCCAAGAAGUCAAAGGAGUGCUCUGAUAAGUCCUGCCUGCGGACGCCCUCCAUGAAGAGACGACCGACGGACAACAACGCAGAGGGGAAGAAAGACACGGGGAUGCUCAAGUACAUCCGCACUCAGGUGAUGAGCUUGUCUCCUGCUCCGCUCUCCCUGCUCAUCAAAGCGGCGCCCAUCCUGACGGAGGACAUGUACGGAGACAUCCAGCCCGCGGCCUGGGAGCUGCUGCUGAGCGUGGACGAGCACAUGGCUGCCGCUGCAGCGGCCAUGUUCCUGCUCUGCGCCGUGAAGGUUCCGGAAGCCGUGUCAGAGAUGAUGAUGGCCGAGUUCCACCAUCAGGAGGCCAGUCAGAGGAUCAACUCCGUGCUGAAGUUCUAUACCGUGUGGCGUUUCAGGUAUCAGGUCUGGCCACGCAUGGAGGAAGGCGCUCAGCAGAUCUUUAAGAUACCUCCACCCAGCAUUAAUUUCACUCUCCCUUCCCCUAUCCUGGGCAUGCCCUGCGUGCCCUUGUUUGACCCGCCGUGGGUGCCCCUGAACGCUGGCAGCGUUCAGGAUGCCAUCAGCGAAGACCAGUCGAAAUCGUUCUCGGCGCGGGCCGUGUCCCGGUCGCACCAGCGCGCGGAGCACAUCCUGAAGAACAUGCAGCAGGAGGAGGAGAGGAGGAGGCUGGGCAGGGAGGCCAGCAUCAUCACCGCCGUCCCCAUCGCUCAGGAGGCCUGUUACGAACCCACCUGCAGCCCCCCACCUGAGCAGGAGGAAGAGGCAGAAGAUGUGGUGAAUUUGACAUCCCGUCGCCUGUCGGUCAGUCCCUCCUGUGCUUCCAGUAAUUCCCACCGGAAUUACUCGUUCCGCAGAGGUUCCGUGUGGUCUGUGCGAUCCGUGGUCAGCGCUGAAGACGAUGAAAACACCACUGAGCACACGCCAACACACCACAUGCUGCAGCCCCCCCAGGCCGUUUUCCCAGCAUGCAUCUGUGCUGCUGUCUUACCCAUCGUCCACCUGAUGGAGGACGGGGAGGUGCGUGAGGAUGGAGUGGCAGUGAGUGCAGUGGCCCAGCAGGUUCUGUGGAACUGUCUGAUUGAAGACCCUGCUCUGGUUCUCAGGCAUUUCCUGGAGAAACUUACUGUCAGCAACAGACAGGAUGAGCUGAUGUAUAUGUUGAGAAAAUUGCUCCUGAACAUCGGCGAUUUGCCUGCACAGACCUCACAUAUUCUCUUUAAUUACCUGGUGGGUUUGAUCAUGUACUUUGUCAGGACUCCGUGUGAGUGGGGUAUGGAUGCGAUUUCAGCCACUCUGACGUUUCUGUGGGAGGUGGUGGGCUAUGUGGAGGGGCUUUUUUUUAAGGAUCUCAAACAGACGAUGAAGAAGGAGCAAUGCGAGGUCAAACUGUUGGUGACUGCGUCUAUGCCAGGCGCCAAGACAUUAGUGGUGCACGGACAGAAUGAAUGUGAUAUUCCCACCCAGUUACCUGUGCAUGAGGACACGCAGUUUGAAGCCCUGCUGAAGGAAUGUCUUGAAUUCUUUAACAUCCCGGAGGCUCGGUCGGCAAACUAUUUCCUUAUGGACAAGCGCUGGAACCUCAUCCACUACGCCAAGACGUACGUUCGAGACAUCUACCCUUUCAGACGCUCGGUGUCUCCCCAGCUCAACCUCGUCCACAUGCUUCCGGAAAAAGGACAGGAGCUCAUUCAGAAACAGGUGUUCUCGCGGAAGCUGGAGGAGGUGGGGCGAGUCCUGUUCCUCAUCUCUCUGACCCAGCGCAUGCCGGCCAUGCAUAAACAAUCCCACGUCUCCAUGCUGCAGGAGGACCUGCUCCGCCUGCCCUCCUUCCCCCGCACGGCCAUCGACGCCGAGUUCUCCCUCUUCAACGAGCCGUUAGGUAAAGAGCUGUUUGGUUUGGACACUCUACACAAGGUGCUGUGGAUCAAGCUCUUAGAGGAGAUGUUUCUGGGCAUGCCCAGUGAGUACCCGUGGGGAGACGAGAUCAUGCUCUUCCUCAACGUGUUUAACGGAGCUCUGCUCCUCCACCCCGAGGACAGCGCCCUCCUCAGGCAGUACACUGCCACUGCCAUCAACACAGCAGUCCACUUCAAUCACCUUUUCUCUCUCAGCGGAUACCAGUGGAUUCUCCCCACCAUGCUCCAGACUUAUUCUGAUUAUGAGAGUAAUCCGUUGCUCCGGCGGGGAAUUGAGUUCUGCUGUCGUCAGUUCUACAUCCUCCACCGUAAACCUUUCAUCCUUCAGCUGUUCGCCAGCGUAGCCCCUCUCCUGGAAUUCACUACGUCCACCAGCACUGGCCUGUCUAAGGGCGUGUCAUCUCAGUGUCUGUUUGACUUACUGGUUUCUCUGGAGGGAGAGACGGCUGAUGUGCUGGAUGCUCUGGAGCUGGUCAAGGCCGAGAAACCUCUGCGUUCACUCGACUUUUGCUAUGGUAACGAAGAUCUGGCCUUCUCCAUUAUUGAGUCCAUAAAGCUGUGUGUGACAGUGGUCGCCUAUGCACCAGAGUCCUUCAGGAGCCUGCAGAUGCUGAUGGUGCUGGAGGCCCUGGUGCCGUGUUUUCUGCAGAGGCUGAAGAGUAACACUCAGGCCCUGGAGUCAGCGUCUGCCGCGCGGGACGAGAUCGCCGCCAUAGCUGCUCUGGCCACGUCUCUACAGGCCCUGCUCUACAGCGUGGAGGCACUGACCAGGCCGAUGACGGCGCCACAGAUGAGUCGCUGUGACCAGGGGCACAAAGGAGGCACGACGGCCAACCACGCCAUGUCAGGAGGAGCCAACACCAGGGAUAACCUGCACCUCCUGGAGGAGGGCCAGGGCAUGCCCAGAGAGGAGCUGGAUGAGAGGAUCGCGCGUGAGGAGUUCAGGCGCCCUCGCGAGUCGCUCCUCAACAUCUGCACCGAGUUUUACAAACACUGCGGCCCAAGACUGAAGAUCCUGCAGAACAUCGCCGGAGAACCCCGCGUCACGGCCUUAGAGCUACUGGACAUCAAAUCACACAUGAGGUUGGCAGAGAUCGCGCAUUCUCUUCUCAAACUAGCCCCGUACGACACGCUGACCAUGGAGAGCAGAGGCCUGCGGCGUUACAUCACAGAGAUGCUGCCCAUCACCGAUUGGUCGGCGGAGGCGGUACGCCCCGCCCUCAUCCUCAUCCUGAAGAGACUGGACCGAAUGUUCAACAAGAUCCACAAAAUGCCGACGCUCAGGUGCGCAAGACCGCAAGCUCUGUGUACCAGGCGGCAGGUGGAGUGGGAGGCGGCCAGCAGUCUGAUUGAAGGGAUUUGUCUGACUCUACAUCGUCAGCCAAUCAUCUCCUUCCUGCCCCAUCUGCGCUCUCUCAUUAACGUCUGUGUCAACCUGGUAAUGGGAGUCGUCGGCCCGUCCAGUGUGGCAGACGGGCUGCCCCUGCUGCACCUGAGUCCGUACCUGUCCCCUCCUCUCCCCUUCAGCACCGCUGUGGUCCGAUUGGUCGCCAUGCAGAUACAGGCUUUGAAGGACGACUUUCCUCUCAGUCAUGUGAUCUCCCCGUUCACCAAUCAGGAGAGACGAGAGGGGAUGCUUCUCAAUCUGCUUAUCCCAUUCGUUCUCACUGUGGGCUCUGGAAGAAAAGACAGUCCCCAGUUGGAGCAGCCUGAGGUGUUCCUGCUCCUCCAAACCGUCAUUAACAUUCUCCUGCCUCCACGGAUCAUCAGCACAUCCCGCAGCAAGAACUUUGUCUUGGACGCGUCUCCGGCCCACUGCUCCACUCCCGGAGACACGGGGAAAGACCUGCGCAGGGAGGGGCUUGCCGAGUCCACCAGCCAAGCUGCUUACCUGGCUCUGAAGGUGGUGCUGGUGUGUUUCGAGCGGCAGCUGGGGAACCAGUGGUAUCGCCUGAGUCUGCAGGUGAAGGAGAUGGCACUGCGUAAAGUGGGCGGCUUGGCCUUCUGGGAUUUUAUCGACUUCAUCGUGCGCACGCGCAUCCCCAUCUUCGUCCUCUUGCGUCCCUUCAUUCAGUGCAAGCUGCUGACGCAGCCGGCGGAGUCUCAGGAGGAAAUCACUGCCCGCCACCACAUCGCCGACCAGCUGGAACGCCGCUUCAUCCCGCGUUCGCUCUGCAAAAGUUCGCUCUUCGCCGAGUUCAACAACGAGCUGAAGAUUCUGAAAGAGGCCGUCCACAGCGGCUCGGCCUAUCAGGGGAAGACCUCCAUUAGCACGGUGGGGACAUCCACUUCGGCGUACCGGCUGAGUCUGGCCACGAUGUCACGGUCAAACACGGGCACGGGAACGGUGUGGGAACAGGACAGCCAACCGUCACGCCAGCCUUCCCAGGACACGCUCAGUCGCACGGACGAGGAUGAGGAAGAGAAUGACUCUAUGAGUAUACCCAGUGUGGUAAGUGAACAUGAAGCCUUCUUCCCCAGCGUCAUCGCCCACCGCCGUUUCUCCAGUCACGCCACCGGGGCGGCGACGACGCAGCCCGAGCCCAGCAGGAGCACCAUGCUUCCCAGUCACAGUGAACCGAAUGUUCUAGAGGAGGCCAAGGGCAUGAUGGAGGAGGGGGUCCUGUCUAGGGUGGCCAGCGUCCAGAGUGAACCGGGACAGCAGAACCUGCUCAUUCAGCCACCGCUGGGUCGAAAGAGAGGCCUGAGACAGCUUCGGCGCCCUCUGCUGUCCAUCCAGAGAGUCCAGGAUGAAACACGAGGUCGAGCCGGAGCCAGACUCUCCACCACCCGCAGAAGCAUUCAACCCAAAGGCAAAAUCCUCAGUAUGUCUCAUGACCAAAAGCGGUCGGUCACUUUUACCGAGACGCAGCCAGAAGGUUCCGGAAAGUCCCCCUCACCCACUGUCCCCAGUCUGUCUGAGGGACAGAAGACCAGUACCAUCCCGGUGUCACCUGGCGGUGGUCCCUCAGAGCCGUCGUCAGCUGUGAAAACGGAGCGCCAUAGCCCCGCCCAUCCACAGAUCUCCACCAUCACUGAAGGCAAGGUGAAGAAAGAACCGGGGUCCAUACGAAGCAGCCCCUCUCCCACCCCCUCAGGCUCCACACCCCCGUAUGGCUCCUGUUCUCCGCUUCCUCCGCCCCUCCCCGUGCUGGGGACGGCGGCGAGGUUGGAGGCGCCCCAGAUCAGCGAGAGCCCAGAAGACGAGGAGACGUCUGGGCUCCUCCAGUACCCAGACACCGUCCUCCACAUCAGCGAAGACAACGGCACGGAGAACCCCCUCCUGUCCUCCCUGCUCUCCCCCAUCCUCUCCACCUCCCCCAUCUCCCCGGUGGACCUGGACUUAGACGAGUCUCACGUCUGA